AUGGCCCCCGCAAGGCCGAUAGUUCUCCGUUUUGAGAGUCGCAAUGGCCAGUUUCGAUUAACGGUUAACCCAUCAGAGUUGUUCCCUGAACUUGAAGCCAAGAUCCUUGAGCAUCUCCCCGAAAACACAGAUCCCACCUCUAUUGUUCUAUCGAAUAAGCCCAUCGGCGUCGGUGGACAGGAGAGGCUCUUGAGUGGCCUGCAGGGUGUUUCCAUAGAGAGGGUUGGCUUGUCCCACGGAGACAAGCUUUAUCUCGGAUACCAAGACAAGCCCUCAGUUUCGAACGGCGUAUCGCAUGCGCCUCCUGUCAAAGUUACCAGCGAAUCCCGACGCCUUAACGGAGCUGCCGUGCCUCAACAGAUCCCCGUGUCACUCCCCCCUCGUCCGAAAUCUCCAUCUGCUAUUAUACAAAACCCAUGGGAAGUAGUAGAGCAGUCGGCCCUUGACGAUCUCUUGGACAAGAAAGAUGGGAAAAUCCCCCGGCCACGAGACACCAAGAUGUGCAGACACGGUCCUAAGGGCAUGUGUGACUAUUGCAUGCCGCUAGAGCCGUAUGCUCCGGAAUACUUGGCAGACAAAAAGAUUAAACACCUUUCCUUCCAUUCAUAUCUUCGAAAGAUCAACUCGUCAACAAACAAGCCGGAACUCAAGAGUUCUUACAUGCCACCUUUAAGUGAACCAUACUAUCGCGUCAAACGAGAUUGUCCCUCCGGUCAUCCACCAUGGCCCGAAGGAAUAUGCACCAAAUGCCAACCAAGUGCCAUCACAUUGAAGCCACAAGAAUUUCGCAUGGUGGACCAUGUUGAAUUCGCGUCCCCUUCUUUGAUCAAUGGACUCCUUGACUUCUGGCGAAAGUCCGGUGCUCAGCGAUUAGGUUAUCUGUACGGCACUUACGAAGAAUAUACCGAAGUUCCACUGGGCAUCAAAGCCGUUGUUCAGGCAAUCUACGAACCUCCUCAAGUGGAUGAGGUUGACGGUAUCACACUCAACGAAUGGACCAACGAAGCGGAAGUGGACGAAGUUGCUCGUCUUUGCGGCUUGCAGAAGGCCCAGCACCCUAAGGCAACCAAGUGGAGUGAGACGGGCCGUUUUGGGUCAAACUUUGUUACAUGUGUGCUGAGCGGUGACGAAGACGGAGCCAUCGCAGUCAGUGCAUAUCAAGCAUCCAACACUGCUGCGGAGAUGGUGAGGGCGGAUAUCAUCGAACCUUCUGCCGACCCAUCCGUCAUGCUUGUUCAGUCUGAAGACGACGAUGACCUGGGUAGCAAAUUACGAUAUAUUCCCGAAGUCUUCUACCGCAGGAUAAAUGAGUAUGGAGCCAACGUUCAAGAGAACGCUAAACCCAGUUUCCCCGUGGAAUACCUUUUAGUUACACUGACCCACGGAUUCCCCACGGUCGAGUCUCCUAUCUUUGUAGAGAGCAAUUUCCCAAUAGAAAACCGAGAGGUCAUUGGCGAGAGUCAGGAAUUGCGGACGGUUGCCAGAAAAUUGGUCACUCAUGGCGAUCCGAAGAAAGCCAUUCGAGCAGUGUCCGACUUUCAUCUACUCACGUUCCUGCGUUCACUAGGAACGUUCAGCCCGGAAGAAGAAAGGCUUCUUACCCGCGUGGCUACCUCUCAUGACCCUGCGGAUGGUAUGCAACUCGUGAAUACAAAUGGAUGGGCAACCCUGGUCGCAAUUCUUCAGGAGAGCGGUGAGCGUCCCCUUAAGCGCCCUCGGCUAUCCAUGGCCGAGGAUGCACCCAUUGUUGCAUCAUCUCAGAAACACCAGCAUCUCUUGCCAAGAUCUGUGUCUCCGAAUUCAGACAGUGAACGUCUUGCUAAGAGGUUUAAGGGGACUAGCCUAGAGUAA